AUGAGUAAAAAUGGAACAAAGAAACUAUUUAGUAUGAGAACCCUUUUUGAAUGGCAAAUUUAUCACAGGAUAUGUGAUUUACAUUUUAGUAUUAUGGAGACUAUAAAUUCUAUUGAUUGGGAUAAGAAAUGUCAAACAAUAGCUCAGCCCUUGGGUUAUUCACUGACCUUGAUGGUUUUUCUUCUUCGAUUAUUACAAGAUAAUAUACUUAAACCCAACUACAUUAACAUAUAUAGAUCAAAAGAUAUUUUUGAUUUAAAGAAAUCGUAUACUUUUAGAAAAUACCCUUACCUCAUGACACUAAUUCAAGAUACCCAAACAGAAUUGAUUAAAAGCAACAAAUGGUAUAAUAAUAUAUUGGGUUAUAUCGAUAAGCUCUCUACGUUAUUAUUAAUACUAUUACUAAUGUUAAAUGCUAUCAUUACAUGGUUAACUUUAUUUAGGAGCAAUUGCAGUUAUCAAUUUUAUUCGACAGAUAUCACUUCAAAAACGGAUAACAUAAUAAUUAGGCCAUUGACAGAUUUAAGUGACAUAAAUUAUGAUCCUCAAACGAACAUUUCUGUGUUUAAAUUAUUACGUUUAUAUUUAUUGAACCUUUUUAAAGAUAUUGAAGACCUGCCAUCUACAGUGACGAACUCCGAUAAUAAAUUUUACUAUCAGUUAAAUAAGUGGAAGCCAUCUAAGUUUUUAUUAACUUUAUUUUGUACAUUUUCUCCCAUCUCGACGAUUUCCUUCUACUUCACUGAGGUAACGUUGGUUACCUUAUUUCCAGUUUUGUUCCAGCAAAUAAUCAUUAACUAUGUUAUUUUCUACCGAUAUGAAACUAAAUUAGUUAAUGAAAAAACCAUCCAUCAAAGUAUGAUACAAGAAAUGGAAAAUAAAAUCAUAAAACCUAAGAUGUCUAAAGAAGUACAGGACGCUAAGACUGACGUAAGAGGAAAUACUAAAAAAUGUUUUGCACAGUUUUUUCCUGCGACCACUGUUGUUAGGAACCAAAUAUUUACUUCACACGAUAUAGAUGGCAAUAUAAGCAUCCAAAAAUUUGAUGAAGAUACAAAUUCUUUCAAAAAGAUUAAUAACAAUAUAUUAUCAUCACGAAAUAUUGUGAUACCUUGA